AUUGAAACCAACCCUAAGCUCCUUUUACCUUCAUUCUAUAGGUAGCCCCGAUUAUUGCUGACUUAAGCAUCAGAGUGUCUACCUCGAGUUCCACCUCGGGGCUUUGCAAGGCAAUCCGGAGUGCAGACGCGGACUGAAGAAGGACUUCUGGUUUGGUGCAAUUACAUUUGGCGCCGUCUGUGGGAAUCCGAAUUGAAAGCUUUCUUGUUGCUCUCUCAUCAUGGUUAACACUCGAUCAGUCAGAGCUGGAAACUCAUCUCAGCCUCUUGGACAAGGUCAGGUCCCCAGCAACCUUCCACCUCACCUCCCACCUUCGAUCCAAAAUAUGUUCCCUCCUGUUGAUCAUGCAGAAGGAGGAAAUGAAAACCAACCUCACAACUCAGCUCACAACUCAGCUUCCACCGCCAAUCUAGACGUAGUCAUAGCUCAGCUUGCUGCCAUGCAACAACAGUUUGGUGUCUUUCAAUUAGUAUUGGCUCAGCUCUUAGCUCGGAACAACCCUGGUGAUCCCCUUAUCAAUUUACUCAACCCUGCUCCACAACCCCCAGCUCCACAGCAAAACCCUCAACUAGUUCAGCAUGCUCCUGCUCUUAGUGAAUCUCAGGGCCAAUUUCACAUAGCACUAGCUCAGCAACCCCUUCCUGAUGAUGUCACUCGACGUCUGGACAGCUUAGAAAAAUUGGUAGCCGAACAGCGAGGUAAUGCUCGAACUUGGUAUUACAAUCUACCUCCGAGAUCAAUCAGCUUUUAUAUAGAAAUGGCAUCUGCUUUUGCCACAAAGUUUUCCAGCAGAAGGUUGAUUAGGAAAACUACUUUUGAGCUGAUGCGAGUUAAACAAAGGGAUGGAGAAUCUUUGAAGAAUUACAUGAGCAAAUUCAAUGAUGCAGUGUUGGAAGUUAGCUCCUUCGAUCAGGUUGUGGGAAUUGCAGCUAAGCCAACCCCCUCUAGGAACCAAAACCCAGAUUGGAGAGAUGAGAAUCAGAGUAGGAAACAGAUGAGGAUAGCACAGAACCGAGGUCCGAUGUCGACCUCUAUACCGAGAUUCGGAAGGCCGAACUCAGCACCUCCACAACAAUCUGCAGAUCAUGGUCAUACAACAGAGCAAUGCAACAGGUUGAGGUCUAAGCUGGAAAGUCUAGCCUAUAAAGGAAUGUUGAAUGAGUACAUUCAGAUAGCUGAACAACCAAGAUUUGUCAGAGAACAGGGGCCACAGCCCCAAGGAAUUCGGGUGGUAAUACCUCACAACGACCCUUUGGUCACCUCGGUAAUGAUCAACAACUGUCAAGUCCAGCGUGUACUUGUUGACACUGGCAGCGCACCUGACAUCAUGUACUACCACUGUUUUGAGAGCCUAAGGCUCGACCCAGCUCUGCUACAACGUUAUGAUGGUCCUAUAUAUGGCUUCAACAACCAACCAGUUCCAGUCGAAGGGUUCUAACCAUGAAUGUUGCAUUUGGAAAUGGCCGAACCUAUGUGACUCCUUCAGUUCGGUUUUUGGUGGUUAAGAUGCCUUCCUCUUUCAACGUUGUCAUUGGCUGACCCACAUUAACAAAGAUCUGAGCUGUGG